UUGGGCCCGCCAGGCCCGCCAGGACCGGCCCAGGCCCGCCUGCCGGUCCCGGGCCAAACGGUCCCGGGCUCGUGGGCUCAACCAUGGAGACCAGCCCGUGACGGGCUCAGAGGCCCACCAAGACCGGCCCACCCAGGACCGGCCCACCAGGCCCACCAGGCCCGUUAGGACCGCGGGCCCGGUCCGGUCCGGUUCAGGCCCGGCCCACCGAGCAGCAUUAAUUCAACUUGGGAAAAUUGAUGAGUUACAAAAUAAGACAUUAAAGGAAGAGAAAAAAUUGAGUGAAAGAUUAGCUAAAGUUCAAGAAACAAUGGCAGAUACAUCAAUGGUUGAAUUAUCACAUGUAGUGAGUGAAAUAUUAAGGGAAGAGGGAAGACAAGUAGAGGAAACUGAGGAGGAAAAAGUGAAGAAUAAUAUUGCUAAAAAGGAGGAAAAUUUAUUGGAGGUUUUAAAAAAGGCUGAUGAUUUGAGGUUGAGGACACUAAAGGAGAUUUUGGGAAUUUUGAAACCAAUUCAAGCUGUUCAUUUCUUGAUUGCUGCUGCUGAACUUCAUUUGAGGAUUCAUGAUUGGGGUAUGAAGAAAGAUAUUGCUGCUGUUAAUUCCCACAACCAUGGUCAUGGCGUCGCCAAUAACAGAGGCGGAGUCAGGAUUUGAGGUUUAUGAGUUCUGAACUUGCCACUGAACUCGCCCCUGAUCAAUAACCAUAUGAUCAACUUAUGGUAAGCAUAGUACUUCUUACUGCCCAAGGAGCCAAUAUUAGUACUAAUUAGAUUAUAAUAGGAUGAAGAUCUUUAAUUUAAUUAGGUCCUUUUUAUUCAUUUCUGUUUAUGUAGAUUUUCUUCAGUUCUAUUAGUGUUGCAGAGACAUGAUAGCUAAGAUUUUGACGUAGAAUGAAGAAGUUUAGUCUUUAGGUCCUUUUAAUUUCAUUUAUGUUAUUGUUGUCUUUGCAUAAAGUAGGGUAGUAAGUCCCGAUCAAACCAUGUACUCUAUUUGCUUUGUUAUAUAUGACAUUAUGUUUUAUUGGGUAUUUAUAAGA